CCCCUCCCCCUUCUCUCUCUCUCUCUCUCUCUCUCUCUCUCUCUACUCCCGAGAUCUCCGCCCCUCCUCCGCCCGAUCCGCCUCCUCCGCCGCCGCGGAGCGGAGAUCCAGCGGCGGAUCGCGCGCCGCCGCCGCGAUGGGCGAUCGCGUGGGGCUCGAGGCGAGGAACGCGGCGUAGAGAGGGAGAAAGUGAGUGUUCUGGGAGCUGACGACGCUAGGGUUUGGGGAGGGUUUUGCUUUGGAAGGAGGAGAUGGAGCAGGGAGGGGGCGGGACGGAGGCGGCGACGGGGACGAGUAGCUGGGUGGAGUCGUACACGGGCAUGUCUGCGGACAACAUCAAGGGGCUCGUCCUCGCGCUCUCGUCCAGCGUCUUCAUCGGCGCGAGCUUCAUCGUGAAGAAGAAGGGGUUGAAGAAGGCGGGGGCGUCGGGGGUUAGGGCAGGGGUGGGAGGCUAUUCUUACUUGUACGAGCCACUUUGGUGGGUAGGCAUGAUAACAAUGAUUGUUGGAGAAGUUGCAAAUUUUGCAGCUUAUGCAUUUGCUCCAGCUAUUCUAGUAACUCCUCUUGGUGCUCUUAGCAUUAUCAUCAGUGCUGCUCUUGCACGCAUUAUUUUACGAGAGAGGCUACAUAUAUUUGGUAUUCUUGGCUGUGCGCUGUGUGUUGUGGGUUCUACCACUAUUGUCCUCCAUGCCCCUCAAGAGCGUGAGAUUGAGUCCGUGAAAGAAGUAUGGGAUUUGGCUACUGAACCAGCUUUUCUAUUCUAUGCGGCAAUUGUACUUGCAGCAGUUUUCAUUCUUAUAUUCCAUUUUAUUCCACAAUAUGGACAGACGCAUAUCAUGGUGUAUAUUGGUGUUUGUUCCCUUGUAGGUUCCUUGUCGGUCAUGAGUGUGAAAGCUCUUGGAAUAGCUUUGAAGUUGACAUUUUCAGGAAUGAAUCAGCUAAUUUAUCCGCAAACUUGGGCUUUCACGAUAGUUGUGAUUGCUUGCGUGGUAACCCAAAUGAACUAUCUGAACAAGGCUCUUGACACGUUCAAUACAGCUGUCGUAUCACCAAUAUAUUACACUAUGUUUACAUCACUAACCAUUUUGGCAAGUGUCAUCAUGUUCAAGGACUGGGAUCGGCAAAAUCCAACACAAAUUGUCACAGAGAUGUGUGGCUUCGUUACGAUUCUCUCUGGGACGUUUCUUCUUCACAAGACUAAGGACAUGGUUGAUGGGCUUACACCGUGUCUGUCCGUGCGGCUACCUAAACAUGCCGACGAGGACGGAUUUCCCGCCGAGGGCAUUCCGCUUAGGUCUCCGAGGCCUCCAGAGUCGUUUCGGUCGCCUUGAUCGUAUGUUUUGGAACUGCCUUGUGAAUCUUAAGUUACACAAAUUAGGGUUACCGUGGGAAAGCCUGCAUUCUUUUAUUGGAUACGAAAUUGUAGAGCUUUUUCUUAGCGUCGCAUAUAUAUUAAAAAAGUUCUUCUUCCCCCCUAAAUUUGAAGCUUUGCCAUGGACAUAUGGGGAUCACAUAAUCUAUACAGUUGAGUGUAAUUUAGCCGCAAUUGCUGAGAAAUUCGUUUAAUUUUCGCAGAGACUCGAAAUUGAUUAGUUCUGCUAGAAAGGUUCCUUUUUGCCAUUCAAUUAGAUUCUUAAUAAACCUUAUUUGUUUA